UGCCCUUGUCAACCGGAGCCUGAGCGAUCAUGGCAACGGGCUCAGGCGGGGAGCGCGUGGCAGCGGCGGCAGUUUGGUCGCGGGCCGGGGCGGCGGAGCGGCGGCGGCGGCGGUGGCACUGGCGCUGGCACCGGCCCUGAGCGCCAUGCAGCGGGGCAGCUCCGAGAGGGAGCUGGCGGCCGGAUGGGAGGCGGAGGCAGUGGCGGUGGCCGAAGCGCCGGCGGCGGCGGCGGAGCAGGGCGGCGUGGACUCGGGCGCGGCCGGAGAGCCGGAGCGCAAGGCGCCGGAGCAGCAGCCCAGGGAGGGGGCCCCGGCGCAGCCCCGCGCGGCCGAGGAGGGGGACGCCCGCGUCGUCCCGCGGCCGCUGCCCACGCUGCCCCUGGCCAAGCCGCAGCCGGCGCGGGCGCGGGGCCUCUGUCCGCACCGGAAGCCCCGGAGCAAGGGCCGGGGCUGCCGGCGGAGCUCGGGCCGCUCGGCGGACGAGUACUGCUCCCAGCGGCCGGUCACCGUGGACAGCUCCAAGGCCAGGACCUCCCUGGACGCCCUGAAGAUCAGCAUCCGCCAGCUCAAGUGGAAGGAGUUCCCAUUCGGCCGACGCUUGCCUUGUGACAUCUACUGGCAUGGAGUUUCAUUUCACGACAAUGACAUAUUCUCCGGCCAAGUGAACAAGUUUCCAGGCAUGACGGAGAUGGUGCGUAAAAUUACUCUGAGCAGAGCCGUGAGAAUCAUGCAGAAUCUCUUUCCUGAGGAGUACAACUUCUAUCCUCGCUCAUGGAUUCUGCCUGACGAGUUCCAGCUCUUUGUUGCUCAGGUUCGAAUGGUGAAAGAUGGCGACCCCUCCUGGAAGCCCACUUUUAUUGUGAAGCCUGACAGUGGUUGUCAGGGCGAUGGCAUCUACCUCAUUAAAGACCCCAGUGACAUCCGCCUGGCAGGGACCCUUCAGAGCCGACCAGCGGUGGUCCAGGAGUACAUCUGCAAACCUCUUCUGAUUGACAAGCUCAAGUUUGACAUUCGUCUGUAUGUCUUACUCAAGUCCUUAGACCCCUUAGAGAUUUAUAUAGCCAAAGAUGGACUCUCUAGAUUUUGUACAGAGCCAUAUCAGGAGCCCAACCCCAAAAAUCUGCACCACAUCUUUAUGCACUUAACCAACUAUUCCCUGAACAUCCACAGUGGUAACUUUGUCCAUUCGGACAGCGCUAGCACGGGCAGCAAAAGGACUUUCUCUAGCAUCCUUUGUAGGUUGUCUUCCAAAGGUGUUGACAUCAAGAAGGUCUGGUCUGAUAUCAUCUCCCUGGUGAUUAAGACUGUCAUUGCCCUGACUCCAGAGCUCAAAGUUUUCUACCAGUCGGACAUCCCCGCGGGGAGGCCGGGGCCCACGUGCUUCCAGAUUUUAGGCUUUGACAUUCUUCUAAUGAAAAACCUGAAGCCUAUCCUACUUGAAGUAAAUGCGAAUCCCAGCAUGAGAAUCGAACAUGAGCAAGAACUUUCUCCAGGGGUGUUUGAAAAUGUCCCCAGCCUUGUCGAUGAGGAAGUGAAGGUGGCCGUGAUCAGAGACACGCUGCGCCUCAUGGACCCACUCAAGAACAAAAGAGAGAACCAGUCUCAGCAGCUCAAGCAGCCACUAGCCGUGAAGGAAGAUCCUUCCGACAGCGAGCCGGCCAAUGCCUCCGACAGCAACCGCAAUCCCGAAGCCCACCUGCCGUCCAUCUGCCUCAAGCAGGUGUUCCCCAAGUACGCCAAGCAGUUCAACUACCUGCGUCUGGUGGACAGAAUGGCAAAUUUGUUUAUCCGGUUCCUGGGAAUCAAGGGGACAAUGAAGCUGGGGCCAACAGGCUUCCGGACUUUCAUAAGGAACUGCAAGCUCAGCAGCAGCAGCUUGUCCAUGGCGGCUGUGGACAUCCUCUAUAUUGACAUCACAAGGAGGUGGAACUCCAUGACCCUGGACCAGCGGGACUCGGGCAUGUGCUUGCAGGCCUUCGUGGAGGCUUUCUUCUACCUGGCUCAGAGGAAGUUCAAGAUGCUGCCUCUCCACGAGCAGGUGGCCUCACUGAUCGACCUGUGUGAGUACCACCUGUCCCUCCUGGACGAAAAGCGCCUGGUGUGCGGCCGGAGCGGCACGGCGGGGGGCCGGCCCCCAGACAGCGGCACCCCCCAGGAGGCCGUCCCCUCAGCUCAGCUGGCAGAGGGCAACCCCCCGUCCUGCACAAACAGCGCCCACAAGUUCUCGCAUUCCAGACACGCGCUGUCCUGA